AUGAAGCCGCCUAAGAGGUCACCGUUCCUCCACUCGCGGCACGCAGACCUACUCGAGGUCUACCGUAACCUCUAUCCGGAUCCGCAACGCCCCUUCAGCGUAGCAGAGCGUCAUCAUGCCCUUUCGACCGUCCAGCUAUGGAUCAACCGGUCCGCUUGCCCCUUCGCGGUUGAGACCACCGCUCUUCUCGUACAAAGCGUCAUCCUCGACGAGACCAUGCAGCAGAUUGCAGUUUCGACAUUUGGCAAUGAGGCUGCUUCGACACCCUCGCCGCGGUAUGCGCUCGAACAGAUGGGAGGAGGCGCCGAGCUGGGUGUGAGGCUCAACUACAGCUUGGCGCUGACACGUUUUGUCAAUAGCGUGGUGGACUCGCAUCAGACGGGUGGUUUUGCGCAGUCCAUUGCUGCGAUUGCCACGCGAAUCGGUCUUCCGCUUUGGUUUGUCGAGAUUCGCCACGCGGCUACGCACGAGGAGUUGCCCAGUAUCGGUGUUUGCAGACAAGCAGUUGGCUCUGCACUAGCAUGGCUUCACCGCCAUUUUUGGGUUCCGCAGCUGUUCGAAGGUCCGAGUGCGCUCCCGGUCAGAUCUGGACCGCAUGGCCGAUCGCAGAACGGCGUCGAAGAAAUGGAUGUCGACCGAGCAGAGUCUUCCUCUGCGGCCGCUCAAGCCAUCAGUGGAGCCUCGACCAGCAAGACUGCUGUCGCCACCGAGGAGGAGCAGCAACACGCUUCACGAACAAAAGAGCGUCGCAAAGCGCUUCAGGACCUCCGUCAUACGCUCAAGACGUACCGCCAACUGGCGAAGCAAGUGACACGCGAUCGCAGCCUGGUCAACAAGUCCAAGGACGACUUUCGCCGACUGUACAAGCAGGUUGCUGGUUUCGUACUGCGCAUACGUACCCUGGAGCCAGACUAUGCAGCGCAGCUGAUUGACAAGGCGUCGAGUAAUAAAAAGGGCAAAGACGAAGAGAUGGACGUGAGGGGGGCGGCGGUGAUGGAUCCCGACGACGUGGACGAGUGCACAAAGUCGGCGCUUUCAGACUUGGUGAAUCAGCUGAUCCAGCCUGGAGGGUUGAUUCCAUUGGGCAAAACUAAGCGAGUCUCAGCAUCUGCGAAGGACGAGGCUGUCGCGUUGCCCUCCGAACUCACCAGUCUGUGGAUACCUCUGCUUGGGUACCUGCGCGAUACGUUCGGGCCCAUCUUUGGACAGCUUCUCGUCGAAGAGCUUGUUGAUGCCGUCGUCCGCGAGCCAGGCUCAUUCACAGAUCCAGAACACGCUACCUUAGCACGGGCGCGUGACGACUCUGACGCGGACCCAAGCAGCCAAUCGUGGAAACCCGCAGCAUUCGCUAGUUCCGGAUACCGUCCAACAGCCGAAGCGUGGAUCCGGUACCUCGUGACCACAGUCCCGCCUGCAUCCAAUACUGGCAAUGCCAUACUGAGAGCGCCGACGGCACUCAUCACGGACGCCGAGGUGGUGGACAUGUGUCUGCCCUUCCGCUCGACCGGCUCCGUGUCACUGCUCGAGUUCCUGUGCGAGAGGAACGCGGAGCUGAAGGCGAGGAUUGGGCCUCUGGUAGACGUGCUCAAGGUGUCGUCUUUUGUCACUGCACACGCAGGAUUGGAGUCGUCUGAAGGUGCGCUCACGGAGGCAGCAGAGGAGGCGAAGGAGGAGGACGAGGAGGGGGACGAGUCUGGGUUUGAGGCGCAGUUGAAGGCCAUGCAGAGGCGGUUGGUGGAGAUGGAGGCCGUGACACUGGCUCCAUCAGGUACGGAAGAGCAAGGGCAGGACAACGGCGAGGAAGAAGCGGAUGCAGCUGUCGCUCUAGCCGCGUCUCACGUUGACACUACAGCGGAAGCUUGCGCAAGGGACGGUGCUACUGCUGCUGUUACUACUACUACUACCAACAUGCCCACGGGCUGGAGCAUGGCCCCCGCAGACUGGAAGCCUACACCUUUCGGAUGUCUCGAUGGCAAGAUUCCCAACCUUGUCGUCUAG